AUGGACGACCACCAGCAACCGUCCUCAUCGUCCACAACUCGCGAUCCACAACGUAAACGAUUAUCUGGCUUUUUCAACAACCUAAUUCAUAAACGUGAACCGCCUGCUGCAAUCCCGGAGGAGCCGCAGGCUCUUUCAAAGGCGCCAGACACACCACAGCCAGCACCGGCUGUUCCCCCCCCUCGUUUACCUCCACCUACCCUCCAGGAACUGGGCCUAUCGUUCUCAGUAGUGACAGCAGAUCUUCAUCCUUCUCACUUUACAACCCCCCCUUCGAGUGGUGCCUUUCUGUCGCCCAAUUAUCUCCUACUUUGUCAUGCACAAGGUCUCGAUGUUCUUCCCUUAACAUCUCCUCCGGAACCCCAGCCUCUUCCCCUCAUCAGAAGGGUCAGCUUUAAGAGCAUCGUCGUUAUGGAGCAGCGGGGGGUUUUAAUUGCCAUUGCAGGGCGUCGAGAUGGUGUACGUGUUUACGCAUUAGAAGAGAUCAGAAAGGCUGUGGAAUGGCGUAUAGACAUCCAGAUAAAGCGAGAACGGGAAAGGCAGAGGAGAGAGCAGGCAAAGAAAGUGGCUUCAGCCUUCAUGGUCGAAUCCCGGCUAUCCUCUGAAAAGUUCCGCAAACCCAGCUCGUCCACCCCACCCCCAGGUGCAGAGUCUUCUGCGAAGGUUAGCAUUCCCCGGAAGGCUUCUCAUUCAUCGAUAACCCCUACAUCUGGUACAUUCAUUCAAACAUCAGCUCCUCCAGUUCCCCUCAUUCCUAGAACGCCGACCAUUCACAAGCUCAAACCGACCAAAAGAUCGCCCAUCGUGCCACCUUCCGUUCCUGCUGUAUCCCACCCCACGGGUCUUCCACCUCCGUAUCCAGAAGCCACCGAUUAUUUUACCCAAACGACACCGCCACAAGGCUCCCAAAGCAGAACCACAUCGAGCGUCACAAUUCGUCCCCGCGGUGCUUCAAUUUCAGAAGUCCUCAAUGCCCCACCCAUAUCUCGAAUCAACACAAAUACAGAAUCCGCUAGGCCCCAUGACCCAGACUCCAAAGAGCAAGACUGGGUCGAGUCUAGCGAUGACGAAGCGAUCAAUGUUGUCGCCGCAGGCGCCAGCGGAAGUCAAGCUUUAGAUGAGAGAACCAGUGCCAUACACUCCCCUAAUUCCACCCAGUCUACAGCAACUAAUAGCCAUCCUAUAACUGCUACCACACCUACCCUUCCUCAACCCCAUCGACGUUCUUUAUCACGGAGGAACCGUCCAGCUAACUUGGACCUUAGUCUUGCUAUCAAUACCCCAAUCGCUCCCUCAGAACCAUCGCCUGCCCCCACUCUUCUCACUCUCCGCCAAGCACUAGCUCACGCUCCGUCACCUGAUCAUUCAGAAGAUACACAUGACAAUAACGACGCUGGAUUCGCCGACUUGGAUGACGAUGACGAUGAUGAAGGUGAAAUCAGCCUUUCCCAGGCCUUGAUGGAAAGCAGGUUACCGGAUCUCCCACCCCCGGGGUCGAGACGCCCCCAGCAGCCCAUAUAUAUUUCUUCGUCCCAUAGUCUUGUGACCGCUGGUGAAGAUGAACCUACCAGUCCACGCACUUCGGAAGCUCAUUCGGCACGAAGUGAGACUAUUGCGUCGUCACGCUCGACGAGUACUAGUACCGCCAAUCGACGUCGUAGAUGGUCUCUUAUGCUGAAUUCUCCCCUUGCUGCCUCAAGCAGCGCUCCUUUUGUCGACGGUCAAGCCACAACAUCCUCUGCAAUAGUCGCAGAGCCCACUGAGACCUCCACCCCCCAUCGUCCGAAUCGCCUUAGUCGUUCUCAUUCCCACCGAUCGAGCACGUCUCCCACGCCCAUAAGACGACCAGCAUCUGCACACGCUGAUACAACACACCGGUCGAAUAUGAGUGCAUCGACACCCCCUCUUCCAGUGGAAAAUAGUGGAGUGAUACCCUCUUCGUCCCGGUCACGGUUUAUACCUCGGAUUAUCACCAAUGCCCUACAUAAUAUGCGUUCCGAAGACAGACCCUCAACAUCCCAAGGUGGGAUGAGCGCUGAUAACAAUAAAAAAGUGAAUUCGUCGUCUUUGGCGACUCAACCUCCAGCGGCCAAAUUGGAGUAUGUUAAGCUACCGGGCACCAAAGGAUCCCUCAUGAUUAAGGCAGUUGAGACCGCUAAGAAGAGUUUUCUGGCAAUACUUUGUGGUGAAAAUGGAGAGAAGGUGGAGCUUUUUGCAGGAACAUAUCGCACAGCGCUCGGACUUUCUCGAACGUUCAUUCUCCCAGAUUCUCCUCGCUCACUUGAGCUGCAACUGCAAGGUGAUGAUCUUGUGGAGGUGUUCUUGGUGUUUUCGCAAAACGUUUUUGGUCUUGAACCUGCUACGGUGCGAGUACGUGAAGUUCGUAUAGGUCGUGCGGAGCGGAGGGCGGCACGACGCCGAGCUCGAGAGGCGCGAGUAGACACAGUUAAUGCUCCCUCAGGGUCCAACGACGCUGAACCACUGGGGGAAGACGAAACGAACGUCAACGUCAGCAUUGGCGUCUCUGUAGCAGUCGGUUCUACGGUCAUUGCUACGGGCACAGGUCCGUCUGGUCCAUCUACGCCAGCUCUCAUCGCAAGUGAGCAUCCACAACAACAACAGGAAGACCGGGCGGGCUCGUCUGAGAACGCAGAGGAAUCCUCGACCCCUGCUGAAGGUGCUUCAGUGACCAACGCUGUUGCACGUGCAGAGGAGCUGGUUGCGCUUGCCACUGCUCAGAUGGGACCAUACACAACGUUCCAGCAGCUUUCUUUCGCGCCUAGGUUUCCGUUGGCUUCUAUCGCGGACGACUACGUCAUCCCCCCGACUUAUCCUGAUUUUAUGGAAUACAAACAUAAUCAUGAGCCCGAGAACGAUAACGAGGUUGUAACGAACAACGAUGGUAAUGUUAGUGGAAGAAGUAGCGCGGAUGCUACGCAAGUCCAGUUUUCGCCCCCUGGGCUUCCUGUACCUACCCCCACGGCUCCAUCCAAGUGGUUCUACCGCGAUCCCAAAGGAGUCGUUCAUGGACCUUGGAGGGCAUCACUCAUGCAAUCAUGGUACAAAGACAGUCUAUUGCCUGCCGAUUUGCCCGUUCGGAAAGAGGAGGAUACUGAGUUUAUACUUCUCAAGGAUUUGCGACAACAAAGUAUCGAUCCUACUCAUCCAUUUAACCCAACCACGCCAACAUCACCACCCAACAAGACUCAGGUAUCACAAUCUCAGUCACAACCGGUCAAUGAGUCCUCUACAAUAGGCCCCCUCUAUCAGUUGACUGACAAGCCCCUUCUGAAACCAAUAUCCUUACUGGCUCAGCCAAGACAUUUUGGACCUCCUGCAUUAUUUUAUUCGUCCAGAGGAGGGCACAGCACGACCAUUGUUGAUGCUCGGGGGCGGUCAGUACUGAAGGAUAGGUUUUUAUGGAGUGAGGAUGACACUCCUGCUGGGGACGACGAUUCCAAGCCAACUUCGUUGCUUGGGCGCAUGGGUGAUGUGAAACGGCUGGAAGCUGUGGACACCAAGGACCGUUCGGUGCUUAUUGCUAUGAGACAAGGGGGUGUGGAAGCUGUGGACCUUGGAGAUGCCUUGUUACGGCCUGCGGACACCUCACGUGGAGCGCUUCCUCAGUUCAACCCUGCACCGUCGACAGUGAACAGAAGAGAACCGUUUGUGUGGAGAAUAGGGACACCUAUCUCCGCAUCAUCCAGUCCAAACUCGUCCACCGCGUCUUCAACCUUGUCCAGUGCAAGCAAGCAUGGAAAGAGUAAUUACGGUAGCCUUCCUCGCACGGCCAAGUCUCCGAACGGUAAGGCAGAGUUUCACGUAGGAGGAGAUGGGGAUCAGGAGUUUCAUCAUGAAGUUCUAUUUUUGGGACGGAAGGAAGACGAGAUAUACAUAUGUGAGAGGAACACUGGGUCGUUUAGGAUAUUGAGGCUUUGUCCUACGAAUUCGUCACGAGAAGUACGAUAA